GAACUUGUACUGUUCAUGAAGGCUGAGGAGUUUUCAUGUGACACCAUGGCUCCAGAUAUACAUGAGGAGCGUCAGUUCCGCUGUGAAGACUGUGAGCAACUUUUCUCCUCUGGCUCUGAGCUGCUGGAACAUCAGAAUCACUCAUGCUCGAACCAGCCCUCAUCUGGAUAUGCACUACCUGAGCAGGCCAUCCCCACCACCACUGAUGAGUGUAAAGACUGUGAACGAGUGUUUCCUGAUGCUCAGAGUCUGGAGGCUCACUCUCUUGCUCACUCGGAGGAGAGGGAGUACAAAUGUGACCAGUGCCCGAAGGCCUUCAACUGGAAGUCCAACCUAAUACGCCACCAGAUGUCACAUGACAGUGGCAAGCACUAUGAAUGUGAAAACUGCUCCAAGCAGGUAUUUACAGACCCAAGUAACUUACAAAGGCACAUUCGCUCACAGCAUGUUGGCGCAAGGGCACAUGCCUGCCCUGACUGCGGCAAAACCUUUGCCACCUCGUCUGGCCUGAAGCAGCACAAACACAUCCAUUCCUCUGUCAAGCCCUUCAUGUGCGAGGUGUGCCACAAGUCCUACACCCAGUUUUCCAACCUGUGUAGACACAAGCGUAUGCAUGCUGACUGCAGAACGCAAAUCAAGUGCAAAGACUGUGGGCAGAUGUUUAGCACCACUUCUUCCCUAAAUAAACACCGUCGCUUUUGUGAGGGCAAAAAUCAAUUUGCCUCUGCCACAGGAGGGCUCUUUGGUCCCAGUGUGCACCUUCCAGGUACACCCGGAAUGGACAAAUCUUCUUUUGGAAUAGGACCUGCCUCUGCAGGUUUAGCAGAUUAUUUUGGAACAAGCCAGCAUCAUUCUGGACUAACAUUCCCAACAGCCACUGCUGCAUUUCCAUUUAAUUUUCCAGGACUCUUUUCAUCUGGACUGUACCACCGCCCCUCACUUAUUCCACCCACAACACCUAUAAAAAGCCCAUCAGCCUUGGAUUUUCAAAAAAAUCCACCACUAUCAUCACCUGUGCUGAGGAACCAAGAGUCGCAAGAUCUUUUAAAGAGACUCCGAAAACACUCCGUCAAUGGGGAAGAAACAAGGAGCAUGUUAGGCCAUCCAAGAACAGGCUUUCAUUCAAAGGCAAGAAAUGGUAUCAAAACAAAUGACCAGUCAGAGAGCAGUGAUCUGGACGAUGUCAGCACACCAAGUGGAAGUGAGCUUGAAAGUACUUCUGGUUCAGAGUUAGACAGUGAUGCUGAGAGUGAUCGGGACCGAGAAAGAAAUCAGGAAAAUGAAAACGGAUUAAAAAGGAAGCCUAACAGUUCUAACAUGAACCAAAGCUCAGCCCCCAGCAGCUCCAGCAGCAACGAUGCUGGUAAAACCAACAGAACCAAUGUGCUUCUCCUCUCUUCCACUGUAGACAAAUGCAGUACUGUUUCUGGCACUGUAAAUGACUCAAUCAAAGCCAUUGCAUCCAUUGCAGAGAAGUAUUUUGGGUCCACUGGGAUUGCAGGGCUGCACAAUAAAAAGAGGGAUGCUCUGACAUACCCCUCUAUGUUUCGUUUACCCUUCUUUCCUGGUUUCUCUCCACCAGUGUACCCCUGUCACGAGAGGGAGCAUGAUCAACUUUCCAGCCACAAAAUUGAUUCAGUGAGUCCAUCACAUGAAAGUCACAAGCGACCACAAAGCAGUAGCUCUGACUCCCCCUUUGACCUUACCACUAAAUGUAAAGAGAAGUGCAUCGCAUCAGCCUUUGCGAAAUCAAAGCUGGAGGUAAACCAUGUAUCCUUAACCAAUCAGGAUCAGCCACUGGACCUAAGCCUUGGUGGGCGGAACCGGGGCACAAAUAUUGUAGGUGGGGAAUCACGUAAGAAUCACAUAUUUGGAGAGGAGAGAAUUGAGAUGAAGCCCUCUAAAGCAGACUCGACCAUCAAGCAUGCAAGACCCACCCCUUUUUUUAUGGACCCAAUUUACAGGGUUGAAAAGAGAAAGGCGAGUGAUCCAUUUGAGGCACUGAAGGAAAAGUACAUGCGUUCCACACCAGGUCUUCUCUUUCACCCACAGUUCCGGAUGCCUGAUCAGAGAACAUGGAUGUCAGCAAUCGAGAAUAUGGCGGAAAAGCUGGAAUCAUUUGGAUCAUUAAAGGUGGACUCUGGUGACAUCAUGCACUCAGUUCCCACCAUGUUUGACUUCCGAGCUCCAGCCUCUGCACUGCCCGAAACACUGCUGCGCAAAGGCAAAGAGCGCUACACCUGCAGAUACUGUGGCAAAAUAUUUCCACGCUCAGCCAACCUCACACGGCACCUCCGAACCCAUACAGGAGAACAGCCUUACAGGUGUAAGUACUGUGAUCGCUCUUUUAGCAUCUCAUCAAACCUGCAGCGACACAUCAGAAACAUCCACAACAAAGAAAAACCAUUCAAAUGCCACUUAUGUGAUCGCUGUUUUGGCCAGCAGACCAACCUGGACCGGCACCUUAAGAAACAUGAGAACGGUAAUAUGUUAGGCACUGCAAUGUCUUCCCCACAGUCGGAGCUGGACAGCAGCAGUGCUAUUUUGGAUGACAAGGAGGACUCAUACUUUAAUGAGAUUCGCAAUUUUAUCAGCAACAGUGGGCAAAGCUCCAGUUCACCUCAACACUCUGAUGACGGCUUAAACAGUCAUUGUGAGAACCAGAAAGUCAUUGCUGGUCAGAAGACACAUGAGUUGGAUGAGGAAGAAGUGGAGGAACAUGGGCUGGUGGAAGGAGAACAUUGUGAUGCUGUUGAGAGACCUCCCAAAAAAGCACCAUCCAGCAAUCUGAGUAAAAAUCUUAAUGAUGACAUUAAUGAUGACCUGGACUUUGAUAGGGAAAACAAUUUAGAUGUAAACUGCAAAUCUUCAUCACAAAGGUUUGACGAGGACAAUGCAGAUGAAAAGCACAGUGGCUGUCCCACACUGGAUCACAUACGCCUCUUCAGCCCAGAAGGAGUGGAGCUCAGUGACAGCGAUGACACUGACUUUGGCCCAGGUCACUUCUCUGAGGCAGUAAAGCAGUCAAUGUACAAAAAGUCUAAGUCCCAGGCUUAUACUAUGAUGCUGUCUCUGGCAGAUAAGGAUUCUUCUCAUUCUGCCUUGAUGUGGAACACACUUGGCCAUACAACUGAGUCCAAUUCUGUUCAGUCCCUUAGUAAUGUAUGAUAUCCAGUAUGUCACAACAUUUGACUUCUAACCCCAACCACAGGCACUAGGACCAAACUUUGCCUUUAUCAUGCACUGCCCAUACACUGCUGGGUGGAGUGCUUUGUUAUUGUAAAACAAUAUU